UCUAUAUUUCGACAUUAGUACCAUCCACGCGUCCACUCGAUCAUGGUGUAACAACGAACAAAAUGCAAAUUUCCGAUACUGUCUGUCUGUAUGUCUACUCGGCAAUGUCCAGUAUCGAUAAAUAGGGCCUGUGUACGGUUCGACAGAACUUAUUACCUGGACAGUGGCUUCGCAGGUCGCGUGUCGCGUGCGUUCUGUCUUGUGUGCGGUUUGAUGAACUUUUUGUUUGUGACUUAAGUUGGAAUUCAGUUUGGUGCCAUAGAAAAUGAUAGUUUUAGGUGGAUCCUGUUAAGAGAAUACCUGAUAGUGCUUGAUAGUAAGAAUCGAUUGGUGGAUUGACUCCUUGAGCUAAAAGUGCAAUCAUGGCUUUAGUAUUACGUUCAACGUACAACUUCUUCACGUUCCUGUUCAAAGAAUACAACGAUCCGCGAGUAGAACAUUUCCCUCUGCUCGGGUCGCCAUGGCCAGUGCUGGUGAUAAUAAUCCUGUAUCUCAAAUUUGUCAACAACUGGGGCCAGAAGAUGAUGGCGAACCGGCAACCGUUCGGUUUGAAAACGGCAAUGAACGUGUACAAUGCAGUACAAAUAGUCCUGAAUUUGUACAUCGGAAUCACCGGAUUUGCCAAUUCAUACUUCUCCGACGAUUACGACUGGGUCUGCGAACCGAUUAGUCAGAAAGUAACCCCAACCAGGCAACGGCUCAUAUUCGUUACGUACCUGUACUACCUGUCGAAGAUACUGGAUCUGCUGGAUACAGUGUUCUUUGUGCUGCGAAAGAAGAAUAAUCAGAUCACGUUCCUGCACACAUAUCACCAUGCCGGAAUGGUGUUUGCGACAUAUGUAUUCACGAAAUUCGUGUCAGGGAGCCACGCGACACUGCUGGGGCUGAUCAACAGUUUUGUGCAUGUCAUCAUGUACUUCUACUACUUCCUGACCUCGUUCCGGCCGGAGCUCCGGAAUUCCAUCUGGUGGAAAAAACACAUCACGCAAAUUCAACUGAUCCAGUUCAUGGUCCUGAUGGCCCAUUUCGGUUUGCCGCUGAUAUUCGGCUACUGCAACUAUCCGGCUGUGUUCCUUUUCAUCGGAUUUACACAGAAUCUGUUCAUGUUCACGUUGUUUGCCGAUUUCUAUCUGAAAGCCUAUGUAAAAACGCAAAAGGACAAAGUGAAAGACUCCUAACGAUGAGCCGUAGCUAAUUAAGCCGAACCAUAGAAGUUGUUAAUUACCGUUACCUACGUCACAUACCGCUGGAAUUACAUAUACUUUUUCGUAUAAAGUGUGCAACGCACCAGUCAACCAGCCACCACCCCAAUCACCUCUGUUAGUUGUCGCCACACAUAUAUUAUGCCAACUCGACCUUUUCCUCGUGUACUGCCAACCCUCAUCGCUAGGUUUAAAUAGUUGUGUAUUAAGCAGCUAAUUUAUUGUAGUUUCUAGCGCAGAUUCCGUCACCCCAAAGGCGGUAGGUUUUAAGUUCAACAAAUAUACACCACUGAAUGUGACCUUUGAAUUGUAACGCCUGAGACUAAGUUAAUGCAAAUAUGCCACUGUCGAGUGUUUCGUUAAAAAAACGAAGUAGCGGGUCAAUGGACGGUCGCGCGUGUACUUAAAGUGCUGGGCGUAAAACUUUGGAAUAUGGAAAGAAAAUGUCCCAAUACAACUAGUGCAACUCUUAUUGAUUACUUGUUCUGCGACUGAGAUUUAUCACUUCUAGAUUGAUUUGGAUACUCUCAAUCUACCUUAUAGGGUUGGAAAUCUUAUCGAUUUCUCAAGACAUAAGGUGUUUUCGUGCUUGCCAUACACAGCAAAAAAAAAAUAGUGUAAUAUCACAUUGUAUUAAAUGCACAUCAUCCACGUCUCAACAGUGAUGCAGUUUUGCUUUUCAUUUACGACAUUCGAUAUUGAUGUAGUUAUAACUUUAAUUGAAUUAAAAAGAUGUAAGGUACCCCGGGGCAAGUGAGAAUCUGGGGUAAUUGGACCUUCCGUCAUAGCUUAUUGAGGAGAAGUUUUUCAAGGCGAUAUUCUUCUAGAAAAUUGAAGAUUCCCAUAUACGUAAUGUAUUUACUACUCACAAAUUUGUUAUUUUCAUUACCAUGUGUUUUUUUCAAGGUUGUCAUCAAAAUUGUACUGAUAAUAAAAGUCACGUAUUAUUAUUUAGUAUUUAUUACUCAUAAUCUAGUCUACAAUUUGCUCAUUCCACUACACUGCUCCCUUCCAUCUGCUGCUUUUUUCUCUAAAAUAAUCAUUCCUUUUCCUAAUGUUAUGUGUAUGUUGUAGUGUUGUUUCUUCAUCGUGUCAUACGUUUGCUAGCGAUCAUAAACUUAACAUGAUUUGCUUAAUUGUUACUUUUUGGUUUUUAUACAACGCAUUGUUUCCUCAUGAUGACGUUAUGUCUGGGUUUAUGCGUUCUCCUCUGCACUUUCCUCAAUGGUUCAAUGUUUUUUUCUUUCAACUAGAUGAAUCCUUUCUUACCGUAUUACACAAUAUGCCAUUUUUGCAUUUCAUAUAAACUAUAAAAAUAACAACGACAACGACGCUGGUUUGUUUUACAAAUUAUCUUCCAUCUUCCUCGGUUUCCUCGUCAGAAAAAAAUCAGUGUUUACCCUAUAGAAUGUGUUCCGACGUACAAAAUAACUGUUUUCCUCUAAAGGGGGGAUGGGGGGACUAACAUCAGCUAAGGGAGGUUGCCUUACAAAACUCUGUUCCCGUCAUUUACUUCCUGUUUUACUCUACUAAGCUACCGGACAAUAACGCUUCGAUUCACAGAACGAUUUCCCAGCUAGAUAUACACCUACCAAAGAGCUUAAGGGUAGCAGAUCAAAACGAAUCUAGUUUAAUCAGAUAAAAUUAUAUUGUUGAAACCGUAAACAGUUCGAUCGAUGGCAUUAGUUAGAUGUGAUUUUCUCGAUAAUUCCCAGAAAGCGUAAAUUAGGGCAGCUAUGAAAACAUAACUAUACCAUUGACAAGCGUUGCUGACUAACCGGUUUUUAGAAUUUCUCUUGAAAUGGAAACAAAUUAGUGCACAAUUUGUCGAAAGCGGUGUGUUACCAUUGUUGAUAGCUGCACAACGUACAACAUUCAAAUAUGAUAGCAUUGGAAAAUUAACGCUCUCAGUUCAAAUCUGUAGAAAUGGUAAUUUAGAAAAUUAUAUAUUCCCAUAAUUCUAAUCGAUAGGUAUUUGUGCAGAAUAAAAACUUGACCUUUAAACAGAGCGUUUA